AUGAAUGGCCGUCCGAUUGUCGACCUAUUACUACAACAACAACAUUGCGGACACAAUGAUCAUCAAUACGUGAUCACCGAUAGACGGGAAAAACGUAUGGAAAACUCUGGUCGGCGGCCAUCAGUUGAUACACCCGUCGGUAAAAUUAUCGGAACAAGUGUCCAGCGAUUGGGCCGUCGGGUCAACUGUUUUCUGGGUAUACCCUAUGCUGAACCACCAGUCGGUGAACUCAGGUUCAGGAAACCGGUAGCAAAAAAACCGGUAAAAGUUAUCACUGCUAUUAAACAACCGGAUUAUUGUUGGCAAUCGUCAAAGUCUUACAACAAAUAUUAUAAUAGACAAAUGAAAUCGUAUGGCAAAUGGAUAACCGAUUGGACGGACAGUAUGGCUGGCAUACGGCCAUCGGAAGACUGUCUCUAUUUGAAUGUCUAUCAGCCGACGGUCGUCAUCGACAAACCGACAAACAGGACAACAAUGACCGAUAACAACAACAACAACUUAACGGUAAUGGUCUGGAUAUACGGCGGAGCCUUUCGUAUUGGUGCUAUCAGUCUGUAUGACGGGUCAGUUAUGGCUGCCAGUCAACAGGUACUGGUAGUUACCAUUAGCUACAGGUUGGGUGUGUUUGGUUUUUUGGCCGCACCUGCCGACGAUGAUGAUGAUGACGGCACCAGUAGUACCAGUAGUAGUAGUAGUAGUAGUUAUCAUGGAUUGGCCGGUAAUUGGGGUCUUCACGAUCAAGUACUGGCACUUGAGUGGAUCAAACAGAAUAUCCAUUGGUUUGGCGGUAAUCCCGAUAACAUAGUAUUGUUUGGCGAAAGUGCCGGUGCUAUCAGUAUUGGCUAUCAUAUGAUUUCCCCGUUAAGUAGUAACGGACAACUAUUUCAUAGAGCUAUUAUGGAAAGUGGCGAUCCAUUAGUACCGAUGAUAAUGGCUGCCAAACAUACCCAUACCCAGGCAGUGGUCGAUCUGAUAAAGUCCGUGAAUUAUAGCCGACAAUUGCAGGACAUAUCGGAAACGGUUAGUAAAAAAUUUAAGGAACAGGUAUUUCUACCUGUAGUCGACAAUGACCUAUUGGUUGGUCAUCCGCAAGAUUUAGUCAACAAUCAAAGUCUGAAAUAUCCAGUUAAUGAAAUACUUAUGGGUACUAAUGCUGUGGAAGGCGCCGAGUUUGCAUCGUUGGGACCGUUGGCCAAGUAUUGGCAUAACGAUACUAUUGACCGAAACUUUACCAGACAUGCUAUCGACGAGUUUGUCAAUCAGUCGGUACUGGAAAUGUAUCAAAAUCUGGCUCAAGAGGCCCUGGGUUUUGCUUUCGAUGGCUUAGACCAGCAAAACACGACACAAUUGUGGACACGUUAUAUCCAAUUGAUUGGCGAUAUUAUCUUUGUCUGUCCCGACCAGUUGUUUGUCGAUCAGUUUGCUGGUGACGACACCUCCAACACCGAUGGUGGUGUCGUUACCAGAAAUCGUCGUACUGUCUAUUACUAUCAGUUUAAACAUAAACCUAGACACAUAUCUAGUGGCCCAAAGUGGGCUACAGGUGCCGUACACGGCGAUGAAAUUGCAUUUAUUUUUGGCUAUCCUCUGGUAGUCUCGGAUGAAUCAGUUUAUACACGAGAGGAAAGACAACUGAGCCGUCAAAUGAUGACAAUUUGGACUAAUUUUGCCAAAACUGGGUAA